UCUCUGCUCCAAUCGAUACCAUAAAAAUCUUUGGACAGCCUAUAGUGUCGUUGUGAGUGUGUAGCGGCACUCAUUUCAACAGAAUGUAAAAUAAUCCAUAAAGUAGCGGGGUUAUUAUCAAUAGUCUACUAUCUGUAUAACGGAGUACAACAGUUUAAACGUGAAUUGCUAAGAACAGGGAAUUUGGAUAGUUUGACAUUUUCUUGCGCUGCUGUUUGGAGUGACUACGGUGAGUUUUACGCGUGCCAGAACCGACAUUCCAGAAGUGACAGGCCACGGGACUGGUGCUACACGCGAUCCCUGUUAUCAUUCCAGACUACGAAAAGGUGACGGGCCCCGCCUCUUCAUAGGUGAUGUUUGCCAAGGCAACUGCAAAAUUUGUUCGUCAGAUCGACCCAGAUGGAACCCUGAUCUCGGUCUCCCGCCUUAAUGACUCAGACAAGUUGGUUCCCAUGGCGCUGGUUGUCAAGCGCAACCGUUUCUGGUUCUGGCAACGGCCCAAGUACCUGCCAUCUGACUUCACACUCAGUCACCUGUUGCUAGGAGACAAAGAACUCACUCCAGACGUGUCUGAAUCAGACUUCCUGUCCUAUGAGGGGAGGUUUGGAGACAACCUGAGUGGGAAGCUGGAUGCCAAAGCUGGAUCCAUCAGUGUCAAUGUGGAGGGGCGGUGCUCCUCAAAGCUCCAAUUAUCAUUCGGCAAGCUGAAAAAGCAAGAUGUUGACGUACAGAAGCUACUGCUGGCCUCCAAUGACAGGGUGGUGGACAUGCAGCAUGUGCUGGUGCAGCAGAGUCAGAAGCAUGCAGAGGUGUUUGCUGUGUUGAAGGAGAGGAUCCUGACCACCACCCCCUGCUCCAUCUCAGAACAGGUCCAGGAGCAGGGCACCUGCCAGGGGGUUCUGGGACUACUGGGCAAACUGGGGACACACUCUGUAAAGGUGUGUGUGCAGGAGAAUAGCAGUAUAGAGAUGGACAGUGACGUUUCCUUGGAGAUUCCACCUCUCACUGUCAUCGCCUACAGCCUCAUAGAGCUAGAGGUCAGGAAAGACGGACACUAUGAGCUGUGUCUACAGCAUGGUACUCUUGGAGGAUUCGAGGCAGACUCUGGGAAGACCUCGCCUUCCCAGGAUUCCUUUGAUACCCUGUGUGUUGUGGACGGGCUGGAGUGGGCGGAGGAGAUUCCUGAAGGAGCACCACUCAGCGCACUGCAGAAAAACUUGCAGGACUUGGAGGUCUAUCUACAUCAGUUAGUGGUUCUUCCAGAGUCUACCCGGUCCACUCUGUUCCAGAGACUCUGUGAGGUUCUAGUGGACAGAACCUCACUCACGGUUCUGGAACACACGUUGGAGGGGUUGUGUAGAGGUGAGGACCUUGACCCUACAGAGGUAAAGGAGUUGUCUGUUUCUCAGAUCAAAUCUGUCUCCGCCCUAUCGGACCUGGUCCAGAAAUUCCCACCAAAUGAUAUACAGGCUGAAGGAACCUCCAUCCCCCUCCAUCUGACUGCCACUCACCUGCUGGUUAGCGCCUUGGAGGCGUUGCCUGAUGCUGCUCUGACUCUGCUGGGAGAAUCUAGCCCUGAUGUCCUGGAAGCCCUCAAUACUCUGCUGAAGGUAAAUGGUCAGUCCCUCCCCUUUGAGUCACUGCCCCUCCCCUUGCAGGAAGAGGGGGCAUUCCAUUGGGCAGAGCAGCUCCUCCUCUCCUCCAAUGUGAUGCUGCGGAAAGAGACUGACAGGCUGUGGGCAGAGACUGGAAAAAAGCCAGGAGUGUUUCCAUUGGUCAUGUGCAUCGCUGUGCAAGGACUUACAUCUCUGUACACUGGGAAGGGGUAGGAUGUGUGUGCAUGGAUCAGUAUGUUUCAAAUAUUACAUUUUGUGUGAAACUCCAGUGUUUCACUUGUGUGUUUUCCAAAUAUGCACUCAGUGAAUUCUGUAUUUUUGGUGGAACUAACUAACAUUUUUUUUUUACAAACUAAUUCUCAAUGUAACUGUUUGAAUUUGAAAAGCUGUAAAACAAUCCACUCCAGAAUAUGAAGUAAGACUUGUGUUCGAAGAAACACUUUUCAAAAGCUGGACAAGCAGACUUCACCUUACUGUGUUUGGAAAGAAACGCCUCAAUCUCAAUACAGUAAAUUGUUGCUCUGACACCCUAGUAUUUCACGAAACCUUUACAUUCUUUCUGCAUGCUCAUACAGAUAAAACGUGUACACAGAAGAUUUUGUUAUUUCAAAAGAGAAAUGUACAGUAUAUGCUUAUUUUAAUAUAUAAUGUUGCUUAAAUGCCAUUUUAAGCUAUAUGUAACCUACAGUACCAGUCAAAUGUUGACACACCUACUCAUUCAAGGGUUUUUCUUUAUUUGUAUAUUUUCUACAUUGUAUAAUAAUAGUGAAGACAUCAAAAUAAUUAAAUAACACGUAUAGAAUCAUUUAGUGACCAAAAAAGUUAAAUUCAUUCUUCAGAGUAGUCACCCUUUGCCUUGAUGACAGCUUUGCACACUCUUGGCAUUCUCUCAACCAGCUUCACCUGGAAUGCUUUUCCAACAGUCUUGAAGGAGUUCCCG